UCUCUCCUGCGCCCCGACGCCGCCGCCGCCGCCCGUGCGGCCCCUCGCUCCCCGCCCCGCGCAGUCCCAGGGCGAGGAGCCAGUGAAGAUGUCCGAGGCGGCCGGAAAUCUCAAUAGCCUCCGCAUGGCAAAUGUAGCCCUGCGAGAAGAAUUAAAUGCCCUUCGCGGGGAGAAUGCCAAUUUGGGCCUUCAGCUUGGAAAAGCCCUGGCAGAGGUUAACUCCUUGCGGGGCAAUGUCUCGAGCUACAUGAGCUGGCCCGUGCCCAUAGUGCCCGUCCUGGCUGAGGAGAAUUUUGAGUUCCCGCUCAAUGAGAUCGAUGCCAUUCCCGAGAGAGAAUUGCCCUUCUUAUGCUGGUCUCCCCCACGUGCGGAGCCCGAGCAUAUCCCAGAUGAACUGCUGGUUAAUGUGAUCCAGGAUUGCGGCACCCCUGACGGCCCCAGCGACCCCCCUCUGCUGCCCAGCCUGCCACCUCCGGCGCUGCCUGCGCCAGAGCCAAAGGAGACGCCCCCGCAGCCCCCUCUGCAGCCCCCUCUGCCACCGCUGGAGCGGCCUGAGAUGGAGUCCUUUUCAGGCGACCCAGUCUACCUUCCUGAAUUCCUGAUGCAACUAGAGACCUUCAUAGUUAACCAUGAGGAUCGUUUCCCGGGGGGCGCCGAGCAGGUGGCCUUUCUGAUCUCCUUUUUCACAGGUGCAGCCAAGGAUUGGGCCAUCUCAGUUACCCAGGAAGGAAGCCCCCUCCAUGCCAACUUCCCGCGCUUCCUGGAUGAAAUCCGUAAGGAAUUCUGUGGCCCAAUCCCCCCACGUGUGGCUAAAAAGGCCAUCCAAAAGCUCAAGCAGGGAGACUGUACUAUCGGCAGCUAUGCAGAUGCUUUUCAGUUCCUGGCCCAGUUCUUGUCUUGGGAUGACUGCCGUCUCCAACGCCAGUUUAUCAAAGGGCUGUCAGAUUUUUUCUGCAAGGAGCUCUUAUGGUCACCCGAAAUGGUGGACCUGGAUGAGCUGAUUCUCGAAUGUAUGGAGAUAGAAAGAAGAGUGCGUGGCCCCAAGCCAGUCCUGCUCCCUGGGGUUCGAAAUAUCUUCCUCCCUUUUGCUGCUAACCCUAAUGAUGAUGAAAGUGAAGAUGAGGAGUUCUACAGUGAGGAUGAAGAUGGAGAGGCAUGCAAAAGCAGGCAUUACCUGAAGGACCAGUGCAGGUGCAUGAGGGCUUUUCCGCAAGAGAUGAAGGAGGAAGAGGAGAUGAGAAAGAAAAGUGAGGAUGAAGAUGAGAGUAAGGAUGAGAAAAAAGAUGAGGAUGGGGGCCAGGAGACAGAACAGGAGCAAGAGACAGAGGAGGUCUGUGGUGAGGUCCAGGAUGAUGACUUAGAUGAGCUAAUGGAGAUGGAAGAGCCCAUUGCCCAUACUUCAUCCCAGGCUUCUGGCUCCACAAGUGGUAACCACGCUGAAAAUUUCCUAAAUGCCUCACUGCCCAUAAUACAGCCUGGUAGACGGAGGAACCAGAAUCGAGUCCCACUUCUGGAGGGCCUCCCCGGUACCAAUUCACCGUACUACAGUUCUCCACCAGUGACUCACCGUGCAGGUCGCUUGGGGCAACGCCAAAUUAGAAGACGCCCCCCAGUGCUAUUCCGUCUCACCCCAAGACAGGGGGGCCACCGAGCUGCUCGUGGCCGCAUUCGUGUGUGAGUACUGAAGCAAGAUGGCCACUCAGAACACACCCUCCUGGAUUCCCUGCCCCUGCUAUUGCCGCAACACCUUCCCUAUCUGUUGACCAGUACUUAAGGGAGUUCCAGACCUGCAGAACCUGGAGAAGACACACAGAACUGAAAACUUGCAGAACUCCAGACCAUCUUGCAAGCAUGACUGAGGAGUGACAUGGGCCCAACCAAGGCCAUCUGGGAAAGGAGAGAUCAGCAAUCGCUGUCCCCUUGGAAUGUACUCUUUCCUGGGCCUACUCCCAUAAGUGAACUGGUCACUCUCUUGUAUUUCACCUCUGGUCGUUCCUAACCCUCACUUCUCCUGCAUUUAUUCACCCUGUGUUCUCUGGUUUUAUUCUCUGACUGGCUCACGGGGACUUCACCCACUGCCUCACUCAUCUGCCCCAGUGAUCUAAAGGACAGGCUACACUGAGACCGGUUACUAGAUACGGUUAACUGAGAACAGGAUAUUAUCAAGACAUAUACCUGGAAGCUUACACUUGUCUCAAGCCACGCCUCCAGCAGAAGGGUCAAAAGGACAAUGUAGUUGAGAUUUGCCCUUAACUGAUCGUGCAAGCUGGUCUCUUUCCAGCACUUGACUUUAUCUUCCUACAGACUCCUGUAUCAGUGCCCUUGGACCAGCUUGCCAAACCUGGGGCCCUCUCCUCUCACCACCUUGCCCUCAUGGGCAUCCCUGGUGGGCAUAGCUCAAUGUUGCAGGCGCUACUUUUCUUGAUAUUGCCUGAAGCGUAGGUGGCUGGGUGGAAGGUGGGAGGAAGAGGGGAAAGAAGCAACUAUUCAAUUUUACAUUGUAAGGAGUGACUCCUUCCUUAGGGACUGUAGUCUCCUCCCUGGGUCAGGCCUUGGACUGCAGCCCCCAGCCAAAGGUCUUUGCAGGAGACUUUUCAUCGUUGGGCUUCCAAAGGAGGCCUAACUGGCCUUUCCUUCCCAGAUAGCCAAAGAGAGAGAGGCCCCGAGACCUGCUCUUUAACUCAUCCUUCAACUUAAAGGAUUUCUUAGUUGGAAAAGGAGAGAGGGAGUUUCAUUCCACAGACUGUAUCUACUGCAGCCUCGCAGCUGGGGCAUUUUCAUGCCUUUCACACGGAAUCAACCCGUGACCUUUUGCUGUGCUUCAAUUAAACAAGUUUAAGAGGGUGACUGCCCACUAUUAACUCUUGGGACUUCUAGGUAGAAACAUAGGGGCUUAUAAAGAGACACACUGCUUGCCUUGAGUCCAGAAAACACCAUUUCUGCAGUGAGAAAACACACAUUUACUGUGUCAGCUAUAACCACAAAAUGCCAGCCAAAUCCACUGCUGGCCUGAACUGCCCUUUGACACUGACCUUGCAGUACAAUGCCUGGCAGCGGAGCAAGUGCAGCCAAAGUGUUUGUGACCAGACGGAAGAAAACAGUAAAUUAAGCCUCCGUUCCUCACUGGAGUCUGACAGAUAACCUCAGCCCAGCCUUAGGAUUUUGAACCUGGAGGCAAGAGGAAGGAGCUGGAGGAAGAGGAGUCACAGGGAAACCCAGUCCUCUGGCUGGUUUCUGAGCUGAGAUCAUUCUGCAAACUCUUGAUCCACAGGAUUUAAAAUGGCUGCCACCUAUGCAGGAGUCCCUGGGUGUCGCAAAUGGUUAAACGCUCAACUACUAGCCAAAAGGUUGGCAGUUCAAACCCACCCAGAGGUGGCUCGGAAGACAGGCCUGGCAAUUGGCUUUUGAAAACCUGUGCAGUAGUUCUACUCUGCACAUAGAGUCAGCAUCGACUCGAUGGCAACUAACAACACAAGCCACUCUGCAGUUAUGCAUGCAGGAUAAUUUAAGCGUUCUCCUGAUUUGUCAGACAUUGCAGUUGUGUCUGGUUUCCCCCACCCCGAACAGUGCAGGAGUAAACAACCUUGUAAAGAAAAUUUUGUCUGUUUUUCAGCUUAUUUCCUCAGGAGAGAGUUCCGGAAGGCGAACUGCUAUUCCUCAAGGCUGUGGACCUUGUUUGCUGAUGGUCUACCCACUGGCCCUGCCGCCUGUGUCCUGGCUGGAGAAGUGCAAAGAACAGGUGCCUUGCACCCCCACUUCCCCUGCUUCCAGGGACCCCUCAGCACAGGCUCUGCCUGUUGCCGUAGUGCUUCUCACCAUGAACUCUUCUCACCAUGAACUCUCGUAGCCUCAGCCAGGAGAGGCACGUAUGAGUACUGAGCUGAUUUCUGGCCCUUUGGGGGCAGAUGGGCUUGGACUUUGCUUGACCCCUCUUCGCCCUUUCCCAGAUAUUCAAUAUUUGUUGUGACGUAACAGCCACAGGAGCUGUAAGAGGAACUAUGGGCUUUGGGAGCUUUCUUGGGUUGAAAGAAGUAGGUGGGUUGGAGGGGGUCGGAUGUAUGCAGGGGUAGGAAGGCAGCCCAAGGGUUCUCAGAGGCUUGGGAGGAAACCAGUUUGAAAUAAACGUGUUAACUGUUAUUGUUGUAUUACUGUGUUGUGAGGGUAAGAAAUUGUGUAUGCUAAAGCUUUCUCUCAAUAAAAAUAUAAAGGGUGUGUAAAGACUGUGUCUUUCUGAGUUAUUGAGCAAGCAUAAAGGGGCACCCAGUAGGCAUCAGGCACUUCCUAGGCUCCCUGCCUGAAUCAACUGUAGCCUGAAUCCUUGCAAUCCUUAGAUGAGGAAACUCAGGCCAUUGAGGCUCAAGGGACCUGCCUACAGUCCUUGCACAUUUUGUGGACAGCAGAAGUUGUUGAGAGGGACUGGGCAUCUUGAAAAAUAGCAUUAAUUCUCCAUUUAUUGAAAUAUGAAGGUAUGGGUGGCCCAGCCCUACCAUCCUACGAGAGUCCCCCCACCCCCGCAACGCACACACACAGACACAUGCGCGCGCACACAAGGACUUUGAGUAAAGGGAGGGAGGUCAGGCAGGGCCCUUCCACUUUUUGGCACCAGGUGGUGCUGUGGGCCACCAGAGAGCGAGCUGGUGAAGAUUUUUAAACUCCGGACCCCAGAGUAGCCCCCUUAGAGCCCUGCCACCCGCCCUAGCUAGACUUCACUGCUGUGGAGUCAGAAGAAACUGAAUCCCGUUAUGGAUUUGAUCAAGUUUCCCCAACAAUAAUUUGUAAAGUUUUUUUUCCCCCUUGGGAAAAUGGGUGAGAAUGCUUAUUGAGCCCCUACUUAAGGUUCCAGGUGCCUUGCCAAGCACUUCACAUACGUUAUUUCAUUUCACCCUGACAACAUCCAAAUAACAAUUCUCAACAAUCCUUAAUCGUCAUCUUGCAGAUAAGGAAACCGAGGCUUAGAGGGAAGUCACUGGCCAAAGGGUUUUACAGCUUUUAAGUGGCUCAUUCACAGCCCUGCAGCUGCCCAUUAAUCAGCUUCAGGGACACUUAGCCACUGUGUCCAAGUGUCUGCCUCCACUCUGCUGGCCCUACUGCCUUUCAGGCCAGGCCGGCCUCCUGGUUCUGCUCUGUCCUGUCCACCCUCCCCCAGCCUCCAAGAUUCUAGCAGAGGAACAAACUCCUAUUUCGGAGGCACAUGAGCUUUGCCCCUUUGAAGGAAGGGAAAGAAAGGGGAGGAGAGGGGAAGGAAGGAAAUCAGCGUGUUUCUGUGUGCCUGGCACUUUCACCGACAUCAUCUAAUUUCAUUGCCACAACAAUUCAGUGAGGCAGGUAAUGGUGUCUGAGUUGAGAGACCCGAAUCUCAGAGAUACUAGAUUCCACGGGGGACUCCAGGUCUUUGUGACUCCCAAGCCCACACUCUCUCAGCUCUAAUCUACCAUGCUGCCUCCUAGGAAAGCUCCCUAAGGAGCUCAAGCCUCAACCUGACUGGUUUCUGGGUCUUUGCCAAAGCGAUCAGAUAUGCAUAAGAUGCACUCUCUCUCGAGCUUUUGGGAGAACCAGCCAGGUGACAGUUCUGUCCUGUAGAGAAGGGCCUGCAGAGUAAGGCAAGCCAGUGGCAGUGCUGAGUAUGUGCCAUGAGGUGGGACUGACUGCCCCUAAGGGACAAGGCUAUGGGGCCAUGAGCUGCAUCAGUGAGUACUGGGGCUUCCAAUCAUGCUUCGGGGUUCAGAUAAGGUCUCCAGCACUCCUGGGAUUUCUCAUGACAUCACAGGUAGGGAUAGGUGAGCCCAGGUUGUGCAAUGGCCAAUCAGAGCAGGUAGUGGAAAGUAGGAGCUACAUAGGGUCAGCCCUGCCCCAGCCCUGCACCUGGAAGCCCUGUAGGCAAAAGAGCCUGGAUUCCAGUGCAGCCCUGUCACUGACUCGACCUGGAACCUUGAGUGAGUCCCAUCCCCACUUGGGCCACAGCUUCCUCAUCUGUCUCGUCAUUGUUGCAUCCCCGGGGUCCAGCACACUGCUUGGUACAUAGUAGGCUCUCAACCCUUGUUUGGUACACAAAUGAGGAAAUAAGUGAGUAAAUGGGCCACGGUGGACGGAGACCUAGAGGCAGCCCGCUAAGGGUAUGUGCAGAUGGCCUGAAGCUCGGAGGACUAGAGGAUCUCUUCCAAAACAGAAUCAGGACCCAAAAAAAUCUCUCCAACUUGGAAGGGUGUGUUGAAAUGACCUUUACCAGGGGAACACGUGAGAUCUUCCAGUCAGGUUCAGACAAACCAACGGCGGAAGCCUAAGUGGGGGAGACGUAGCUCAGAAGAAGCUUUUGAAAAAAUAAAAUUCAGAGAAUUUGAGUUGAUGCAGGCUUGGUCUGAAUCAGUAGGCUGGCAUGGCUGCCAGAAAGGCUAAUGCCUUCCUGGGAUGCUGCAAUAGCAAUGUGGGAUUCAGGAGGUGGGAAGGCCUCACCUGGGGUCCUGGCUUCUGUCCGCCUAGUGGAAGGGGACCAGAUUGCACCUCACACAAGGCCUUUGGCAUGCCACGAGUAAGGAAAUAUCAGAAUAAAAGAAAGGAAAAAGGAGAGAGAGAAAGGGAACCAUACAUGGGUGACGAGGAUGGUGGGGGACAUUAAAACCCUGUCCCCAAGGGAUGGAGGAAGGCAGAGAAAAUCUCUUUAACUGUGAAGUUGGCCCCACUGUUCUCCUCAUCCAUGCUCUAAGUGAGGAAACUGGCGUCUGCGGGGUCGAGCAACUGGCUCAAGGUCACUUGCCCCAUUUGCCAAGUUCAACUGAAGUCCACCAGUUUGACACCCAGAACUCUUGUUUUUAACUUCUACCCCCAACCCACAGCCACAGAAUCUCCAGAAAUUUCUAUUUCUAAAAAGCUCCAUAGGCAAUUCUAACACCUAGCCCAAACCAGCCCAGUGCAGAAAAGAGCCUUGGAGCUUAACAAGCCCAGAAGGACCUGUUUGGCACUAAGCCUUCCCAUGGAGCUCCCUAGUAAAAACAAAAAUAAAACAAAAAAGACCAAACCAGUGUCAAGUUGAUUUCAGCUCAUGGCGACCCCAUGUGUUUCAGAAUAGAACUGCGCUCUGUAGGGUUUUCAAGGCUGUGACGUUUCUGAAGCAGAUUGCCAGGCCUUUCUUCCCAGGUGCCUCUGGUGAACUUGAACCACCAACUUUUCAGUUUGUUGCCCAGUGUUACCUGUUUGUGCCACCCACGGACUUCCUUGGCCCUAGGCCUAGCAGUGUCCUUCUCGAAGACGGGAGGAGGUUGGUCUAUGUGGUGUUUAAGGUCCAGUACUGGCACAUAGUAAGUGAUCAAGAAAUAUAUGUACCAUGAUCCCUCAGCAUGCACCAUGGUCUGGUGUGAACUCGCCCCUCAUGGACACCUGCUCAGCUAGGCACUUACACCCUCCUGAGAGGGAUAUGUUAUGGGGUGGGUGCAGAAGUUCUGGCCCUGAGGAAUCAGGCCCACCUUGGAGCCUAAGCCUGUACCCUCAUCUGCCAGAACUGGCUCACUCAGGGCCUCAGCUCCUCCCCAGUGGAUAAGGACAGGCAUUAACAAGGUGAGAGGGUACCCCAAAUGGGGUGGGGUCGGGGGGAGGACUCCACCUCUGGCUAGCCCUUCAUGUAUCCUGCCCAAACAGGGAAAGCUCAGCAGGCCCCUUCUCCCCAGGGACUCCACAGACAAGAAAUGCAAAGCCCAGAGUUCUCAGUUGCCCUGGUAACAGUGGGGCCUACUUGGAAGAAAACAGUCUCUUAAAGGCUUACUAAAAAAAACUAAAAGCUUAGGAGGGUGGAUAUUUCCUUUGACAGAGAGCAGGCUCUGACCUGCUCCCUGAGCCCCCUUUCCCUUUCCUGCCUGCCACACAUUGGGGUAGAGCUGGGCCCCCUCACUUCCGCCAACUUUCCUGCUCCUGCAUAGGAAGGGGGGAUGCCAGAAAGUGGGGCCCUGGCUUUUUCUCCCCUGCUCUUGCUGCGGUUGUUAAUAUGAAAAUGGAUGGCGUCAGCCUGUGAAUUCGUGGCAAUGAUGGCCCUCUGGCCUGAGCAAGCCUUGCCUCAUAGGGCCAAUACAGAAUCAAACUUGAGAAGGGCAAGUGCUCCCAGCUCCUCACCCUUACCAUGUAGAGAUUAGGCCUAUUGCGCGAUUGGGCAAGCCAGAGAGGGUGUUCACAAGUUCCAGACUUCUUCACUAGUUCAGCCCCUCUUCCUCUGGCACCUGGACUUACUGCAGCAGCCUUCUUGCUGGUCUAACCAGUCUCUAGUUUCUUCCCCUUCUAAUCAACCCACCUGUUGCAUGGCUGUUGGGGAGGGAGGAGGGAGGCUGUCCUUUAAGCACAGAGAUGCGGUUAUAUUGUUUCUAUAAAAAAAAAAAAAACUCUUCAACGGCUCUCCUAUCUCUAUAGGAAGACUCGUAGACCUUAUUCUGUAUUUUUCACUCUCUGGUCAUAAAGUACCUAUGCUGUCUCAUCUGCCCAUGCCACCCUUCUUCCCUCUUCCAUUCAGUCCAAACUCCAGACAUAUCUAAUUUCUUCUUUCUUUUCAUUACAUACCAGGCCCUUUCAAGCCUCUGAACCUUUGUAGAUCCCAUACCCUCUGGGCCUUAAAAAUUUCCAAACACUCCCAACCCCACUCCAACUGGCAAUCUUCUCAGCUCAAAGGCCACUUCUUCUACUGGCUUCACUUCUCAGAUAAGCCCCAUCACUCCUGACUCCACUGGUUUGUGAAGCUCAAGCUCCACCUGGGAGCAGAUACUAGUCCAUGGCUCCAAAAUGAGUUAAUUGCUGCAAGACUGCUGUUUGGUUUGAGAACAUGGACGUGUCCCUUUGGCAGGUGGGGGCUGCAUUGGCAGUGGCCUUUGUAAGGAGGGUGACCUCAUAAGAUUUUGACUGAGGGCUAGUUGGUAUGCAAGUAGAGCUGGGAGCCUCCUAAAUGAAGUUGGAGGUGUGGACAGUAGGACCAAGUAGGAGAGAGAAAGUAGGAGCUUGUGGGGCUGAUUGUUUAUUCCCAGCUGAGAACCAUGUCAGCGGCCCCCAUCUCUUUGGAAAAUAUCAACUCCUCUCAGUGGCGUGGUGGAGAGUGGCCUUCAUUAGGCUUAUUAGUCUCACAGAGCUGGCUUUGAACCCUGGCUCUGCCACUUCCUUGCUGUGUGCCCUUGGGUUGGUCACUUUAUCUCUUUGAGCCCCAGUUUCCUUUUUCCAAAAAUGUAGGUAAUAGUAUUUACUAAAUGAGGUAAUUGAUAUGAACCAACAACAACAAUAAAAAUAACUAAUACACUAAGCCGUUUACAUUUAUCAACUCAGUGAAUCAUCACAACUACCCUAUAAAGUAGGUAGUGUGAUUACUCCCCAUUUUGCAGAUGAGAAAAUUGGGCACAGAAAGUUCACCAUGCCCAAUGUUAUAGCGCUAGCUCGAAAGUGCUUUUAAACCCUCCAGUAAGAUAGGCAAAGUUCCGUGGAUCAGAAAUGAGGCCAGUGGAGUAUGAAUGCUCCAAGUAGGAGUCUUAACCUUUUUUAGGCAGUCUGACAAAACCACUGGACCCCUUCUCAGAAUAAUGUUUUCAGAUAAAUAAAAUAGAUAACAUUGCAAAGAAAAUCAAUCAUAUUGCAACAGUUAUCAAAAUAUUUUUUUUUAAUUUGUGACCUAGCUAUAUUAAUAAUUUAUU